AUGAAUGCAGCUACUCGAGCUUGGAUUGUGGCCUCCAGCAUAGGAGCAGUGGAGGCCUUGAAGGAUCAACUGGGGGUGUGCAGGUGGAACUAUGUUUUGAGAUCACUCCAGCAGCAUGCCAAGAAUAACAUCAGAUCAUACUCUCAGGCCAAGAACUUGUCCUCUGCCACUUCUGCUGCUGUGUCCAACAAGGUCAAGAGGACCAAGGAGGAGUCCAUGAGGAAAGUCAUGGACUUGGGUUGUUGGGGUCCCAAUACUAUAAGGUUUUAG